AUGUCCCAGCAGGAUUACCACCACCACGGCACCGACGGCGGUGGCGGAGGAGGUUUUUUCUCUUUCUCCGCUUCCAACGGAUUCGACAGAGUUCAGCAACAACAACCACAACCGACGGGGAUGUUAUCCGAGAUGUUCAAUUUCGCUUCUUCCACCGGCGGACCGUCCGUCGCCGCCGUCCUAGACCAUCACCACCCCGCCGCCACCACCGACUGGUACGACGACGGCGGCGGCGAUUCUUCUUCCAAUCCGCCGCGAUCCUCCACUCUCCACGUGCUUCUCCCAGACCCGAUCACGCAAUUCUCGUGGGCCCCAGCCGCCGAAAUCCGCGGCGGGGCGGUGGAAGGGCAGGGACUCCUCUCCCUCUCCCUCUCCUCCUCGUCGCUGCAGAACCUAGAAGCCGCCAAGGCCGAGGAUUUGCGAAUUAGCGACGGUGGCGGCGGCCGAUUACUAUACUACAAUCACCAACAGGUGGCGAUGAAUCAUGAUCGAAUCGGCGGGUUCGGGUCCGCGGUGAGUGUGCUCCGGAGCUCCAAGUACGUCAGGGCGGCCGCAGAAUUAUUAGAGGAGUUCUGCAGCGUGGGGAGAGGGCAGUUCAGGAAGAGCAAAUUGUGCAGGCUCAAUACCAACAACGGCGGCGGCGGCGGGGACGGAAGGUCAAACUCGCCGGCUCCCCCACCGCCGCCGUUGUCGUCGGAGCGUCAGAGGCGGAAGGUCAAACUCGUGUACAUGCUUGAUGAGGUGGACAGAAGGUACAACCACUACCGCGAGCAGAUGCAGGCGGUGGUGAACUCGUUCGACCUGGUGAUGGGGUUCAGGGCUGCGGUCCCGUACACGGCCCUGGCCCAGAAGGCCAUGUCGCGUCACUUCAGGUGCCUGAAGGACGCGAUCGCGGCCCAGAUCCGGCAGCUCCGCGAGCUGCUGGGUGACAAGGACGGUGCGGGAGGGAUCACGAGAGGGGAGACGCCGCGGCUGAAGGCGUUGGAAAAGAGCCUGAGGCAGCAGCAGCAGCGUGCGUUCCAUCAGAUGGGUGGGAUGAUGGAGGAGGAGGAGGACGCGUGGCGGCCGCAGAGGGGGCUGCCGGAGCGAUCCGUCAGCAUCCUCCGUGCCUGGCUCUUCGAGCAUUUCCUUCACCCGUAUCCAAGCGAUGCAGAUAAACAUCUGUUGGCUCGACAGACUGGUCUAUCGAGAAACCAGGUUUCCAAUUGGUUCAUCAAUGCAAGAGUCCGACUAUGGAAACCAAUGAUCGAAGAGAUGUACCAGCAAGAGUCCAACGAACACGACGACGAUGACGUGGCGGACACAAGUCAAGAUGAAGAAAAAGUCCACACCGCGACACAAUCACCGGCGCCAAUUAUUACCCCUUCCUCCGCCUUGGCCGCCACAACAACCCCGCCGGCGGUCAAACGAUCACCCGAAAUCCCCGACGAAAACGACGUCGUCCCUCCACCUUCGACUCCCCUCGCCGCCAUGAAUGGCAGACAGCAGCAGUACUUCUCGGAUAGCCAGAAUGCAGCCGCCAUGAUCAUGUCCUCCUCCGCCGUGGAGGCGGCGCCACCGCCGUCGCCGCCUCUUUUCCACGAGUACGCCAACUACGGUACCGGUGGGAUGAGCAUGGGUGGCGAUCAAGAGAACUUCGGGCCCACUGACGUAGCGGCUAAUACCCUAAUAAGGUACGGGACAGCCGCCGCCAGCGGCGGAGACGUGUCUCUCACGCUAGGUCUCCGGCACGCCGGGAACAUGCCGGAGAAGGCCUCCUCCACGUUCUCGAUUCGCGAAUUUGGAGACUGCUAG